AUGGAUAAAACAUCUCUAGCAAGCCUUCCAGAUGAUAUUAUUCUCGACAUCGUCGAGCAUCUCGACACGGCGCGUGACGUAGCUCACGUCUCGGCCUUGACAAAGCAUAUCAAUAGCCUCACGCGGCAGGAUGGCUGGCGAACUUUCGUCAAGACUCGUUUUUCAUCGCUGGAUAUUGUCACAAACUCGGAGACACAGUGGAGUUCGGUUGCAGAACGUGCAACGUAUCUGGACCGUUGCUGGGAGAAGCGUGGGUUUUGGGUCAAUGUUCUUCAUGAGAAGAAGCAGCAACCUGGGAGAUUCCAGCGCAGAGUUGCGGGCAGUCAAUCUGUGCUGUUUCACACUGUUCUUGAUGCAAGGCUCAUGUCAUCGCUCAAGCAUGAAGUUGUUGCGGCAGGCGUGGGCGAGAACCUCAUGGUUCGGAUGAAGCCUGUGGAUGGCGAGCCGGAUACCUGGCAUCAGGUUGAGGGGCAGACUCAUGGGUAUCGAGCUGGCACUGGAGACGCGACAGCAGUUUCAAUCAUAGAGCACGAACAAACGCCCGGUGUAGUUGUCGGGAGAGCCAAUGGAGAUAUUCAGAUCCUCUCUGGCAAAGACAACUUUGCAACAAUCACUCGACGUCUGAAACCAGCGAAUGAAGCAGAGCAGAACCACGCUUCGGACCCCAUGAGAAAGUCCCCAGGCCAGGUAGCCGUCUCGUCUCUGCAGUGGCACCCCGAAGCAAAUCUGCUGGCAUCUGGCAAAGGCUCCAUCCUGACACUCUACGAUCUCGCCGUACCUGACGAGUCAGAAACGAGUCCCUUGGAGUUCUACGACUUCUCACAGGGAAGCCCCUCGGAUGAAGCCUCACUCCUACGGAGCACCAAGUUCAUGAGCAAAGAUGUCGUCGCUUGUGCUCUAGGUGGGAGUAGAAACCCUCUGCGUUGGGGACAACUUACACCUACGGGGUUGGUCUUCUCCAAUGCUGCCAGCAACCCCAGGUCUCUCGAUAACGCCGCUAAGCUGACCGAUGUGAGAAUCGGCGAGAAGACUACAGUUCGUGCGAUUGAGCCUAUCAGAGGGAAUGAGAAUCUUCUGUUGAGUACAUGGGAUGACGGGACAUAUCGACUGUUGGAUAUUCGAACACCUUCACCACAAGACGCAGUCUACAGGGACCGUUUCCAGCCUUAUGAAGCAGGCAGUUCCCUUCUCGUCUACGGUACAGAGCGUUUCGUCGCAGGAAGCAACACAGCGCCGGACAUCCGUCUCUUUGACUUUCGAUACCCAAAGCCAUAUCACCACACAAGUGCUCUCUCAUGCUCCACACAAUGGCCCUUUCCAAGUCAAAAGGACGACCACAAGAUGUGGAAGCAAGGAUGGGCGCCAGACUGUCAGCCGCAGGAAUGCGAUCCCCAAACAGGUCUAUUUUGUAACUGGCACAGUACAUCCAAGCGGAACUACUGGCGUCCUGAUGCCACCCUUCACAUUGGCAGUUCGACGUACGACAGGAUCUAUUGUCUGGCCAAAGCAUCUGACCUAUCGGAUACGCUUUACUGCGGUCUUCGCGGCGCAAUGCUCGAGAUGAACCUGCAUCUCACCGACGACGCGGCUCACAGGCCCAGCCAACGCACUGUCCCUACGGGAUGGAGCAUGGGAAGGCCCGGAGGCAAGAUUUCGCUGAUCGAGACAGGUGUGAGCCUCUGCCAGGCCAAGGAAUGGCAUCUAGAGAAUCGUGGUGUUCCUGAGCUGAUCGUCCAGCAGCCUCAGCCACAGAGAUGGACGGGUUCAUCGGAUCAGGUAAAGCGGCAUCGUCUAGAUUACGCGUUUCAUAGACCACAGGAUUUCGAUCAGGCACAAGCCUUGAGUGAUGGUUCAUUUUCUGACAUGUUACAAAAUUUAGAAUAA